CAGUCUUUAUGGCUUUUACGUCAUUACUACUGACCGGAAGUGCUGAACGAUGUCAAACCCGAGCAACUGAUUGUUAUUCCCACGAUGUUUUGAAGAUAUUUCUUUAAAUUUCGUAAUUUUGUAUUAUUUUUAUCAAGCUCCCAAAACACUGAACGUUUAUUGAAACGUGCUAUAGGACGCUUAAUCGAUAACCAUGUCGAAUCGCAUCGCUUUCCAGACGCAGUUAGCUUCCAUUAUGGAGGUGCUGGCCAAUGCAGCGGUGGCUGAGAUAUGUAAACUCGUGGACGACGACUACGCGAUUAUAAACUUACAGAUGACUCAAUGUCAACGUGAAAACAAAGCGCUGAAGAGAAAACUUCACAUACUGGAGCUUAAGAUGGCACGAGGGUUUGCAGAGAGGAGGAUUAGUUCACUGAAUCGCACUAACCGGGUUCAAGUGAACGCUUUGUCAGACAAAUACAGGAACCAAUCAAACGAAGUCCUGUAUGGAGCACAGUUUAACACGGGACUGUGGAGAGGCGGAGGGACAGACUCAACUGCUCAGCAGGCUGGAAAUGAAAGUAACAGUAUGACAGGAGAUGCAGUAAUAUCAGAAGUAAACACCGUGCUGAUAAAGGAUGAGAUGUUUGAGGAGGACCAAACACAGCAGAGACUGUUCAUCAGAGAUGGUGGAGAAACAAAUACUCCUCCACAGACUGGAGAGGCUGCUUUUGGAGAUGUUCAGAUGAUGAAAGAUGAUGAUCAAGUCUCUAGGAUGCAGCAACCGACUUUGGAGCAGCAAGGACAGGUGGAAGAUGGAGAACCUGAAACAAUAGUGAUAAAGGAGGAUCUAAAUGACCAGUGGGAAAGAAACCAGACACAAGCCAUAGUUGUGCAGGAUGAGUCAAAUACAGACUGUAGUGGGAGACUUUCUACCUCACCAGCCAAAAGCACAGUUGCUCUUGGAACAGAAAAGCCUAUAGAGGUGGAAGUUUUGAAUGAUGAUAGGAGCCAGAAAACUGACAUUUCUCCAUCUACUGGACUGCAGAUACACAUACAGGGUACUGUGGAGUCCAGCCCAAGUAGUUCUCAACAGCACAGGUACCACAAGUUUGUUGUUCAACCUAGCAAGGGUCUAACAACAGGAGAAACGGCAGCUCUCACAGGUUCAGGGCACAUACACAAGGGAAUGGUGAAAAGCAGAACUUCACCCAAGAACCAUGACAAGACAGCCACUGAAACAUCAGGAAAAGGCUGCUUGUUGUAUGAGAGACCUGCAGAGCAUAAGACCAGCUUUGCACACUGGCCCACACAUCCAUCCUGCUCAUAUACAGAGUCGGACCAGGAUCAAGACUGUAUGCUGGUUCAGUCAGACACCGUAUCAUCUGUUAGAAGCUCCAAAGGUGGACGGGAUGGAGUGCCAUCUACCCAAAAACAUGCUGUUAGAAAUGCAGGUGCAACAGAGGGACCUAUGAGAGAAGAGGAAAGGUGGAAUCAAGCUGCCAUUUUGAGACAAAGCCAAACUGAAACAUCAGGCCACAUCAGUAGGCCCGAAACUAUUCAAACAGAAACUGCAAGUAGAACAAACCCCUCGUAUUUCACUGUGAUUCCCCAAAUGGUGUCCAACUUAAAUCAACCUGGGGCUUCUUUUGCUGGGCUGCAACUACCAAAGCACAUGGACAAAGCUAGGCGGAAAAGUUACGUUUGUAAGUACUGUGGAAAGGCAUUCACUGGACUGUCCAAUGUCGUGGCACACCAGCGAGUGCAUACAGGGGAGAGGCCCUUUAAGUGUGAUACCUGUGGGAAGCUGUUCACAGAGGCAGGCAACCUGAAGAAACACCAAAGAGUUCACACAGGAGAGAAACCCUUCAUCUGUUCCCGCUGUGGGAAACGAUUCGCCUGGAUCUGCAACCUCAAGACACAUCAGCAGUCGGCCUCUUGUGGAGGAGUAGGAUAUAAUUAAACAAAUCUGAUGACAAUGCAGGGCCUCUAACGUAUGCCUUCUUAUGAAUCGUGUGGUCUUCUGAAUGUCAAGGGAAUCAUUAUAAUAUUCCUGGAAUAAAGAAGAUCUAAAUUUAAAGGGGGAUAAGAAAUAUAAACCGAAAUAUUAAUAGUAAGAUCAAGAUGUGUAGAUGUUACCAGUGACUAAUACUGACGUAAAGCGACUUCGGUGUUCUAAUGUUGAAUUUCCGUGAAUUGUAAUACUAACAGUGAACAGCAGGUGGUGCACGAGCACUAAUAAAAAAGAGCGUCCAUCUAG